GUCGACCAUGGGCCUCAUCGUCAAAUCCGAGAUCAACAACACCCUCUACCUCAUCCUCUCCUUCAUCGCCGUCUUCUCCAUCCCGGUGAUCUCCUUCGUCAAGAAGCAGAUGGCGCAGCUCGGCAACGGACCCAAGGUUGUGGUGGGCACGGGCUACGGCGGCAAGGACGGGUCCUACACCGCGGCGGACGUGGCGAAGCACAAGGCCCAGGACGACCUGUGGCUCAUCAUCGACGGGAACGUGUACGACGUCACCGAGUACGUGGACGAGCACCCGGGCGGGGUCGCGGCCAUCAUGAAAAACGCGGGGGGAGACGCCACGAAGGGUUUCCACGGGCCGCAACACCCGAGCCGCGUGAUGGACAUCGUGGACGAGUACAAGAUCGGCACGCUGGUGACGGAGGGCACGUCCAAGGACGAGUGAGCGAGCGACGAGCGCCCGGAGGAUGGGACGGGGACGGGGACGAGAACGCGGAUCAGGGCGCGAUCGACCCGGCCGGCGAGGGAGGGAUGGAGUGCCUCGGGUCACCCCAUCGCGCGCCGGGGGACACGAUCGGCGCGGGGACGGGCGACGCACCGGCGAGGAAGACGACGACGAGGCGCGACGAAGGUCGUUUCUUAAAUAAAUGAAGUAGCAUUUCAAAGUCAAAGCACAACACG